CAAGCACUACACGCCCCAAAGCCACUCCCCCACCGCUCGCACAUCGCAGAUGGAGGUGGACUCCGCUGAGAAGAGGCUGAGCACCCGAUCUAAAGUUCCUCUGGAGGCCACAGCUCAGGACAUCUUCAGCUGUCCCACGCCUGGCUGUGAUGGAGGAGGUCAUGUGAGUGGGAAGUACGCUCGUCAUCGCAGUGUGUAUGGCUGUCCCCUAGCGAAGAAGAGGAAGAGCCAGGAGAGGAUCUCCCAGGAGCCCCAGAGCAAGCGUCCCGAUCUGCUCUACCGCCAGCAGAUGGAGGACGGUAACGAGGCGGAGGAGGAAGAGGAGGAGGAGGACGACGACGAAGAGGAAGAGGAGGAGAGGCGGGAGGAGAGGGAGGAAGGGGAGGCCGACGACGAAGAGGAGUUCUCAGAGGAAGAGGAGGAGGUGGUGGGCAUGGAGGAGGAGGAGGGAGAGGAGGAGGUCGACGAAGACGGAGAGUAUGAGGACGGAGAGGUGGAGGGGGAGCUGGAGGGGGAGGUGGAGGAAGGAGAAGAGGAGGUGGAGCACAUGGAGGAUGAGGAGGAUGAGCAGGAGGAAGAUGACAACAGCGAAGAGGAAGAGGAUGAGAAUGAGGAAGAGGAUGAUGAGCAUGAAGAUGACGAUGAUUAUGCUGUGCAGAGCCACAUGCAAGAGAACUGUUACACAAAUGGAGGACAAUCAAUAUCCCAUGCAGAAAAGGAUGUGGACACCAAUAACAACAGCACCAAUCCCGAGGAGUACGAGAACUACGACGAGCUGGUGGCCAAGUCCCUGCUGAACCUGGGCAAGAUCGCAGAGGACGCGGCCUACCAGGCCAUGACCGAGUCCGAGAUGAACAGCAACUCCUCCAACAGCGCCGAGGAGGAAGACGACGACGACGACCGUGACGAUGACGAAGACGACGAUGAUGACGACGACGACGAUGACGAGGGGGGCAGGGGCCACAAAAACGGGGCCCUCAGCGUGGACCUGGACAGCGAUGUGGUGCGCGAGACGGUGGACUCCCUGAAGCUGCUGGCCCAGGGGCACGGCGCUGUGCUGCCCGAGGAGGGAUACCCGCACGCGGCCACGGCGGGAGACGGAGGAGGAGGUGGUGGUGGUGGUGAUGGUGGAGUGACAGCAGGAGGUGUUGGAGGGGAAGAGGAGGAGCAGUGCCUGAGCAGCCUGGAGUGCCUGCGUAACCAGUGCUACGACCUGGCCUGCAAGCUGAACGAGUCCCAGCUGCCCAUCCCCGACCACGCCUCCCUGCCCCAGCAGCAGCAUCAGCACCCGCAUCCGCACCACCACCACCACCACCACCAGCAGCAGCAGCAUCAUCAUCAGCAGCAGCAUCCCCCUCCUCUGGAGCGCAGCUACUCUGACAUGGUCAACCUGCUGAAGCUGGAGGAACAGCUGAGUCCUGUGCCACACGGUUACGGCCCACCUCCGGCCCACCCUCCGCCGCCGCCGGACGAGGACACCACCUCGGUCACCUCGGAGCGCUCGGACGAGGCCUACGACGUCACCAAGGGCAACCUGACGCUGCUGGAGAAGGCCAUCGCCCUUGAGUCCGAGCGGGCCAAGGUGAUGAGGGACCGAGCGGCCUCGGAGCAGCAGCAGGGCCACGGGCACGGGCAUGGGCAUGGGGAGCACAGCCCCAGGCAGAGCAGCGGCGCUGAGGAGCGGAGGGCACGGCUACACCAUGAGGGCGCCAAGAGGGCCUACUACAGCAAAGACUCCUCCAGAGGGGAGAAGAAGGAGAGCAAAUGCCCGACUCCCGGCUGCGAUGGAACAGGCCACGUGACGGGCCUCUACCCGCAUCACCGCAGCCUGUCUGGGUGCCCACACAAGGACCGCGUGCCCCCUGAGAUUCUCGCUAUGCACGAGAACGUUCUAAAGUGUCCCACGCCUGGCUGCUCGGGGCGGGGACAUGUUAAUAGCAACAGGAACUCGCAUCGCAGUCUGUCCGGAUGUCCCAUCGCUGCUGCUGAGAAGAUGGCCAAGGUCCAGGAGAAACACCACUCCGGUGGUGAAGGGCCCAAGAGCAGCCAGGCCUCGGACCGCGUUCUCAGGCCUAUGUGCUUUGUGAAACAGCUGGAGCUCCCUGCACAGUACGGUUACAAAACUAACGUGUCCACUAGCACCCCCCGCUCCAACCUGGCCAAGGAGCUGGAGAAGUACUCCAAGACCAGCUUCGACUACCCACCCUCCGACUACGACCCCCAGCUGCACCCCUACGGCAAGCGAGCCCUGCCACCCAAGAGCCACGGCCACGGGCAUGGCCGCGACACCUCGCCCAAGGGAUAUGACGCCAAGCGCUACUGCAAGACAGCCAGCCCUGCCAGCAGCACGAGCAGCAGCUACGCUCCCAGCAGCAGCAGCAGCAGUGGUGGUGGCGGCGGUGGAGGCGCUCUGAGCUGUGGUGGAGGAGGAGGAGGUGAGGGAGGAGGGGGAGCCGGGAGCAGCGCCAGCAGCACCUGCAGCAAGAGCAGCUUCGACUACACGCACGACAUGGAGGCGGCGCACAUGGCCGCCACCGCCAUCCUCAACCUGUCCACGCGCUGCCGCCAGAUGCCCCAGGCCCACGACCCGCACGACAUACCCGCACAGAGCCCAGACGAUGAUGACGUGGGUGUGGGUGGAGGCCUGGACCUGCGUGGUGGUCGUGGAGGUGGGGGUGUGGAGGCCACGGUGCUGACCCCUCUGGAGCCCAUGUCACCCCAGCGACAGGCCCUGCACAGCAGCCGCGGAUACCAGAUGGGUGCAGCCGACUGCUGGGACCUGCCGUCCGACUCCUACGCCAAACUCAAACACCUGGACCCAGACAGACACAGGGAGCCUAAUGAUCUGGACCCAUUCCAAGACCUGCUGGAUGACUCGCCGUACUCGGGAGACGUGAGCAUGCCGAGUCCCAAACAUAAGUACAACCCCUGCAAGGAGGCCAAGAAGGAGAUCAUCACCCUCUCCAGCUGUCAGCUCGCAGACAAGGGCAUCCGUGGGGUCAUGUCUGCAGCCAAUUCACAAGAUCUGAAGUGUCCCACGCCUGGCUGUGAUGGCUCUGGACACAUCACGGGCAACUACGCCUCCCAUAGGAGUCUGUCUGGAUGUCCCAGGGCAAAGAAGAGUGGCAUCAAGAUCCUUCACAGCAAGGAAGACAAGGACGACCAGGAGCCAAUCAGGUGUCCAGUGCCAGGGUGCGACGGCCAGGGCCACGUGACGGGCAAGUACGCCUCCCACCGCAGUGCGUCGGGGUGCCCCCUGGCGGCCAAGCGGCAGAAGGACGGGCUGGUGAACGGCGCCCAGUUCGCCUGGAAGGCCGGCAAGACGGACGGCAUGACCUGCCCCACUCCUGGCUGCGACGGAUCGGGCCACGUCAGCGGGAGCUUCCUGACACACCGGAGUCUGUCAGGCUGUCCGCGUGCCUCGUCUGCAAUGAAGAAAGCUCGCAUGACAGGGGUGGAGAUGCUCACCCUCAAGCAGAGGCCCAGCAAAGGUAUAGAGAAUGACGAGGAGAUCAAGCAACUGGAUGAAGAGAUCAAAGACCUGAAUGAGUCCAAUCACCAAGUGGAAUCGGACAUGAUUAAACUGAGGACACAGAUCACCACCAUGGAGAGCAACCUGAAGUCGAUCGAGGAGGAGAACAAGGCCAUCGAGCAGCAGAACGACUCGCUGCUGCACGAGCUGGCCAACCUCAGCCAGUCGCUCAUCAACAGCCUCGCCAACAUCCAGCUGCCACACAUGACCUCGCAGUCCCCGAAAGACGCACCUGUUAGACAUAGCUGCUGUUUACAGACGGGCCAAAGAGAGCCAAUGAACGAGCAGAACUUCGACACGUAUGUGGACACCCUGACCGACAUGUACAGCCACCAGGAGCAGUACCAAAGCCCCGAGAACAAGGCCCUCUUGGAGAACAUCAAGCAGGCCGUGCAGGGCAUCCACGUCUAAUAAGCCACAUCUAACCAAUGGCUGAGGGCCAUCACAAAGCCUGAUGGCCGCGUCGCCCAAUCAAAUUCAACGAUGUUGAGCAAAAACACCAUGAAAAAAAAACGAAAUACUGAUGACGAGGAGAACGCAGAGGAGAUGAGGAUUGUAAAAUCUUUUGAAUUAUCAUUUUAAUGGCCGUGAUUUAUCUUUUCUGCAUUUUAUGAACAAUGCUGAUAUGCUCUCUGAAAAAUCCUAUCACUAUAUGGUUUAAUGCCUUGCUUUAAAUAAUUACUGCUAAUGGCAAUUGUUUUGAACAGCAUUCAUAUUUUGUACAUUUUCAUAUGACCUGACAUAAUGUGAUGUAUUGUUUAUAGCUGCUAAUGUAUGCACAUUUUAGUGUAUAUGUGUGUUAUUUAAAAAAAAAAAAAGAUUAUUGACUAAAUGACAGAUGUUAAUAUAUGUGCAGUGCCGUGGGAUGUGGCCAACAGAUUGUUUUAUGGGGCGGACUGACAUUGGAUAAACUUUUUAUUCAAUGGGUUUUAAUGGAAAUGUGUCUGGUAGCCAGGUUGUUCUGUGGUUGUAAAUUUAUACAUUUUGUAAAAACAGAAGAAAAAAACAAGAAAAAAGAAGGAAACUUGAAUGAAGAAGAAAGUCUCAAUGUCAGAAAGUCCUGUCAUUGGUGAUUUCUAAUGCAGGCACCCUGUUGUAGAACAGUUUUGGGGGAAAAAACUUGAAAGUAUGUUAGAAUUCAUGCCAAACUUUGAGAGCAUCAUGACACGGAUACUUACUGGUGCAUAUCCCAUAAACUAGGGUAGGACUUAACCAAGUGUGAAGUAUACCAUCUGUUUGUUAUCUUCGGAAUCUCCCAUUCAGACUAGAUCUGAAUACUAAGUAGACAAUCCAGCAUUUUAAACCAUUUUAGCUACAUGGUCAAAACUAAUGUCGAGUAGCUAGUCUGACAGAAUAUCAGCAAUAUGUGACAAUGACUCAAUCAUAUCCUUAGCUAUGGGAUGCAAACAUUUGGGUAUAUGCAAUUUCGUAUUUGUAAGCCUGCCCGUUAAAAACAAGUGCAUUUUUACUAACUGUAAAGAAUUACGUUUUUUGUAUGGACCUUUUAAUACAAUCAUAUUUUGAGAGUGAAACACCAACGAUAAAUUCUAAAAUGAGAGCGGUUUCAUUCCUCUUUAUCUUUUGUGACAUAGUUUCCAUAUUUUGACGUUUUAAGUUUUCAGCUUGUUUAUUUGUUUGUUUGUUUCGUGGUUUUCUAUUUUGAUCUCAGACAGAGAGCGUGUUUUAA